AUGGACGCCUCCUCCCUCCGCAUCUCCAAGUUCGAUGGAACUAACUUCCACGCCUGGAAGUUCAAGAUGCAGAUGGUGCUGGAGGAACGGGACCUAUGGGAGGUCGUCAGCGGUGAGAUCAAGGCGGAACAGUGCGAGACUCAGUUGGACCAAGCGACGUACAAGAGGAAGUCAAGAAAGGCGAUGGCAGUGAUCUGUCUAGCCAUGGAAGAUUCCCAGCUACCGUUGGUCCGGUCGGCAAGUGGUGCAUGCGACGCAUGGUCAAGGUUGGAAGACCACUUCGAGAAGAAGAGUCUUGCCAACAAGCUGUUCUUGCGCCGUCGCUUCUUCACGACAAUGAUGGAAGAAGGCGACGAUGUGCUCGAACACAUCAACAAGCUCAAGACGCUGGCGGAACAGCUAGAAGCGGUGGGGGCUCCAGUCUGCGAGGACGAUCUGGUGAUCACACUCCUCGGCAGCCUGAGUGACUCGUAUCAAUUCUUGAUCACAGCUUUGGAGUCGCGCUCAGACACUCUUAGCUGGGAGCUCGUGACGUCUCGACUGCUUCAUGAAGAAAUGAAGCGGAAGGAGCAAGGAAGUAAAGGUGAUGAAGCUUCGCAAGGUCAAGCGUUCAUCACAAGGGACAAUCAGCGCAAAGGGCGACCAGUGAAGAAGUCCUGGCCGUGCCACAAUUGCGGAAAGAUUGGUCACUGGAUGGCGGAGUGCCCCUCGCGCAUCCAAGAAAACACGGAGAGACACCGGCCACAGCGUGCUCAAGACAGCGGCGACCGCUAUCGAUCACAACGUGCAAACGUCGCUCAAGAAGAAGACUCGGGCGACUACCUCUUUUCGAUCGGUGAAACGACAUCUGCGAAAUCGAGCGACAUCUGGCUGGUCGACUCCGGGGCGACGCAGCACAUGACGUGCUCCAAGAAGUUCAUGCGGAACUACAAGGGGUUUGACGCUGUGGAUGUCCAUCUCGCGGAUGAUGGAAUCGUCCAAGCAAUCGGCAGUGGGGACAUUGUCAUGUCGAUGAAGACACCCCCAAGGGAUGAAGAAAGAAACCUGUUCUCGGUCGGCCGCUUCACCAAGGAUGUCGGCCCAGUGACGUUCACGAAGGAUGGGUGCUAUGGAGAAGCGAAAGGGACCAAGUGGAAAAUUGGUGCCCGUGAAGGUAAAGGACUGUUCAAGCUGCAAAUGACUCCAGUGGCGCCGGAACAAGCAAAUGCAGCCAAGUCGUCGGGAUGUCAAGGGGGCACCAAGUCGUACCUCUGGCACCUUCGGCUUGGCCACAUAGGUCACGAUGGACUCAAUUGCAUCGUGACGAAGAACAUUGGAAUUGGCAUCGACAUAUCUUCGGUGAAGAAGUGGGACGUGUGUGAAGGUUGUGCUCUGGGAAAACAGACUCGAGUGCGCUUCCAAUCAAACACUACAGCUCGCACCUCCAAACUCCUCGAAGUGAUUCACAGCGACGUAUGCGGACCGAUGUCGAUGGCAACUUUCAGUGGAAAACGGUACUUCGUGACAUUCAUCGAUGACGAGUCAAGAUACUGUGUCGUCUAUCUGCUCAAGAGCAAAUCUGAAGUUGCGGCGAAGUUCAUGGAAUACGCUGCGAUGGCCGAAACGCAAACCGGAAAGCGCGUGAAGUACCUUCAAAGCGACAAUGGGGGUGAAUACAAGUCCGACAAGCUGGCACGAUUCUGCGCGGAACGGGGGAAUACAACAAAGGUUCACACCCCCCAUAUACUCCUCAGCUAA